UUGCUGCUGCUGCUGCCAGUGGCCCAGGUGACAGGUGCCCGACCCUGCAUCCCCAAGGAUUUUGGGCACGGCUCGCUGGUCUGCGUCUGCAACGCCACGUACUGCGACACGCUGGACCCCCUGGUCCUGCCAGCCCCCGGCUCCUACGUCAAGUACGAGAGCAGCAAGGCUGGCAAGCGGCUGGAGAGGAGCGAGGGGAGGUUCCAGAGCAGUCUGAGCACCCCAGGGCUGCUGCUGACCCUCAACAUCUCCGCGCUGUACCAGAAGAUGAAGGGUUUCGGCGGGUCUCUCUCCGAUGCUGCUGCCAUGAACAUCCUGAAGCUGUCCCGGCCUGCCCAGGACAACCUGCUGCGCUCCUAUUUCUCUGAGAGCGGGAUUGAGUACAACCUCAUCCGGGUCCCCAUGGCUUGCAGCGACUUCUCCGUGCGCCCCUAUAGCUACGAUGAUGUCCCUGACGACUACGAGCUGAAGCACUUCAGGCUGGCGGACGAGGAUGUGAAGAUGAAGAUUCCCCUCCUGUGCCGAGCUUUGGCCAUGAGCAAGCGGCCGCUGCUGCUGUUCGCCAGCCCCUGGACAGCCCCAGCCUGGAUGAGGAGUAACGGCGAUGUCCGUGGGAAAGGGACUCUGAAGGGGAAGGCAGGGGACAAGUACCACAAGACCUGGGCCAACUACUUCAUCAAGUUCCUGGAUGAAUAUGCCAAACACAACGUGACCUUCUGGGCAGUGACAGCGCAGAACGAGCCACUGGCAGGGGGGGGGGGGCUCUUCACACCCCCCCAGGCCCCCACCAUCGCCUUCACAGCUGCACAACAGCGAGAUUUCAUCGCCCGGGACCUGGGCCCCGCCCUGGCCCGCAGCCCCCACCGCACACAGCUCCUCAUGCUCGACGACCAGCGCAUCCACCUCCCACACUGGGCCAAAGUGGUCCUGGGAAACGCCACAGCUGCCCGCUACGUGGCUGGCCUGGCGGUCCACUGGUACCUGGAUGCCAUUGUCCCACCUGGCUGCAGCCUGGAGGCCACCCACAAGCUCUUCCCUGACCAUUUCCUCCUCUACACGGAGGCCUGCACCGGCUUCUUCAUGUUCCGCUUCGCCGUGUCCCUGGGCUGCUGGGAGAGGGGGGACCACUACAGCUACAGCAUCCUGACGGUCAUGAACCACUUUGUGUCUGGUUGGACCGACUGGAACCUGGCCCUGGAUCUGGAGGGAGGCCCCAACUGGGUCAAGAACUUCGUGGACAGCCCGGUCAUCGUGGAUGGAAGGAAGGAUGUUUUCUACAAGCAGCCCAUGUUCUACCACAUGGGGCACUUCAGCAAGUUCAUCCCCGAGGGCUCUCGGCGGGGG